CGGGUUCCUAGCGGAAGUGGCGGGGGCGGUGCCAUGGCAAAAGAACUCCCGGAGAAUCCCAAUUCGUGAUCCUCAGAAUUGGCUCAGGGUUGUUUCGCGGUUCCUCCCAUAUUCUGCCUCCGAGAUCUGGGGCUGGCUGUGGGCCCCCUAUGCUGUUUGAGGCGUGAAACUCACCUGAGGAAAUGCAUCUGAUCCAUUAGCAUGGAUUCGUAUUAUUUGGAGAUGGAGAAUCUUCAGCUGUGUUAAGUGUUACCUUCAGUUUCUGAGAUGACUUCUUUGCAAAGGAAAGGGCUGCAGGCAAGGGUUCUCAGCCCUGAAGAAGAGGAGAAACUGAAAAGAGACCAAACUUUGGUGUCUGAUUUUAAACAGCACAAAUUGGAACAAGAGGCUCAGAAAAACUGGGAUCUUUUUUACAAAAGAAAUAGCACUAAUUUCUUCAAAGACAGACACUGGACCACCAGAGAGUUUGAGGAGCUAAGAUCAUGUAGAGAGUUUGAAGAUCAAAAGUUAACAAUGCUUGAAGCUGGCUGUGGGGUUGGAAACUGUUUAUUCCCACUUUUAGAAGAAGAUCCGAAUAUCUUUGCCUAUGCCUGUGAUUUUUCUCCAAGAGCGGUUGAAUAUGUUAAGCAAAAUCCUUUAUAUGACACAGAAAGAUGCAAGGUAUUCCAGUGUGAUCUGACCAAAGAUGAUCUUCUGGAUCAUGUACCACCAGGGUCUGUGGAUGUUGUUAUGUUGAUAUUUGUGCUCUCAGCUGUUCAUCCUGAUAAGAUGCACCUUGUCUUAGAAAACAUUUACAAGGUAUUAAAACCAGGCAAAAGUGUCUUGUUUCGUGACUAUGGGCUGUAUGAUCAUGCCAUGCUUAGGUUUAAAGCCGGCAGCAAACUUGGAGAAAACUUUUAUGUUAGACAAGAUGGAACCAGAUCAUAUUUUUUUACUGAUGAAUUCCUGGCUCAGCUCUUUAUGGACACAGGUUAUGAAGAAGUGAUAAACGAGUAUGUGUUUCGAGAGACGGUGAAUAAAAAAGAAGGCCUGUGUGUGCCGAGAGUUUUCCUUCAGAGCAAAUUUCUAAAGCCUCCUAAGAACCCAUCUCCUGUGAUCCUGGGCCUGGAUCAUAAGUCCUGACCUUUCAUGAGAAUAAGGACCUACUGGAAAUAGAUGAAAAAGACAUAAAAAGACAUCUGGAGGGGAAACAGUGAAGCCAAGAAUGAGACUGGAGGUGGAAUUCGGCCCUUUUAUUUUGAUUCUCUGAUUCCAAAAAGGAACCCACUGGGCCGCAGGAGCAUGGCGACCACCCUGUCUCUUUACAGCAGCCCCGUGCUCAUGGGCUCAUGGGUGGUGCUGUAAAGGUCCUCUUUCCAGCCACUCCAUCUUCAAUGUUGUCACUGCCCAUUCUCUCACUCCUCCUUCUGGGUGUCUGACAAAAUGUUCAUUAGAUGUUUAAAAUAUGUUUUCUGAGUCUUUUUUUCUAUUCCUCUGCACAUCCCAUCUUUUUGUCUCUUGGAAAGGAGGUAGGAGACCAGCAAGACUUGUCUUCUAGUCACAACUCUGCUGACCAAAGAAGACGGUCCACACAGAAUGAAGUGAAGAAACUGGCAGAAACCAGCAGGUGGCGACAAAAGCAAUCCCUAGCCGCCCUCAUUGCUCAUUAGCAUUGGACACGCCCACCAACGCCAUGACAGUUUACAAAUGCCAUGGCAACGACCCAGAAGUUACUGCCUCUUUCCAUGACAACGAAUUUUCUGGGUCAUUGCCUUGGAAAGGAGCAGUAACUUCCUAGAUCCUUCUAAAUAAUUGGCUUUCAAUUUACAUUAGCUUGCCCCUUAAUUUGCAAGUAAUUGAAAGUGGGUACAAGUAGAUAGAGUUGUCAACAGCCCACACAUUGCAAACUCUGGGCUCAUUGCCUACAAGUUACCCCUGCUCUGCAAGAAGAGGUGCUAUUCAUGUAAGAUUGCUGUUUAACACCACAGGCUUGUCCUUAAAUUCUUUCCUGGGUGAAGCUGAGAACCCUUCAGAGCUAAGCCCCAAUUUUGGGGCUCACUGUCCUGCAGCAGAAUUACGUUCUUCUGUCCUGUUUCCCAAUUCCCUACUUCCCUCUUCAGUUUUAUAUUUUUUGUCAUUAAACCUAUCUGCUGAAGUUAGCAUGUAAGCAUUUAUAUAUGUAUGUACACAUGUAUGUAUGUUUGUUAUUGCAUUUUUCCCUAGAAGUUGUAUUUGGUUAUUUUAAAAAUAGACUACGUAGGCCAGGCGUGGUGGCUUACGCCUGUAAUCCCAGCACUUUGGGAGGCCAAGGCAGGCAGAUUGGUCAGGAGU